AUGGGCACUUUCGUCGACAAUGUCUCCUAUGCUGGGAGCAACACCGACAGCAACACCGACAGCGAGUCUGACAGUGAGCAUCUCAGCGGCAAAACCGGUGACAGCACAAAUAGCAACGUCGAAGCUGACGACGGCAGUUUCAUUGACGAUAGCAAAACCAAUUUUGGGGACACUAAACGCUGUCUAUUUCUCUAUGGCGACACCCAGUGA